GCGUUAUCAAUCGAAUCAGUCAACACUUGGCCCGUUGCUGAUUCGCCUUGUGCCGCAUUGGCGCCAUUCCGAAAUCGGCAGCCGACCAGUUCGAAUAUCUUGUUGCGUGUCUUGCUAUGACCGUAACUGCGGCUGUGUGGACGGUGCUGUUGGCUGCGUCAUUUGCAGCGGCGGCUCUGGGCUCGGCGUUUGAUGGCCGUAAGCCGAAUACCGUGUUCGUGGCCAUACUUGUGCGGAACAAGGCUCACACGUUGCCAUACUUUUUCAGCGCCUUCGAGUCUCUGGACUAUCCCAAAGACCGGAUGCACCUGUGGAUAAGAAGUGAUCAUAAUAUAGACAAUUCUUCUCAAAUUUUAAAUAAAUGGUUGCAAACAUCAGGGACAGUUUAUCAUUCAGUUGAUGUCAAAAUUGAUAAUGAACCAAAAAAAUAUAAGGAUGAAAUUGGUCCUGCUCAUUGGCCGCAUUCCAGAUUUCAGCAUAUUGUUGAGCUACGAGAAUCUGCUUUGCGUUCUGCACGAUAUCAUUGGGUCGAUUAUAUUUGGUUUUUAGAUUGUGAUGCAUUUAUAAUCAACAAGUCUACUUUAAAACAUUUAAUGCAAAAAAACUAUCCAGUUGUUGCUCCAAUGUUGAAGUCUGAUGGUUUAUAUUCAAAUUUUUGGUGCGGUAUGACAGAUAAUUACUAUUACAAGAGAACUUCUGAUUAUACACCUAUAGUUGAGUGGAAAACUAAAGGAUGCUUUAAAGUUCCUAUGAUACACAGCUCAGUUUUAAUAGAUCUCAGAUUUCAAAUUACUAAUAACUUGACAUUUAAACACAACAUACUGCCCAAUUAUAUGGGACCUGUAGAUGAUAUAAUUAUAUUUGCUAUGUCUGCAAAUUUUUCUGGUAUUCCUUUACACAUUUGCAAUGAUCAAAUAUAUGGUUUCAUUACUAUACCCCUUGAAAAAGACAGUUCUUUAGAAAUGGACAUUAAUCAAUUGACAAAUAUAAAAUUAGAAAUAACUGUUCAUAAUGACCCAUUAUGGAUUUCAAGUAAUUUAUCAAAUCUUGAACUGCCAAGUACAUCUAUAGAUAAUAUGGGCCUGGAUAAAAUUUUUGUUAUCAAUUUAGCCCGAAGAAUAGAAAGACGAAAUCGUAUGAAUUACUGUCUUAAUGCACUUGGGUUAAAUGUAACCUUUAUUGAAGCUACUGAUGGAAGGUUAGUAAAUUAAUUUUAGAAUUUAUUAU